AUGUGUGAAUCUUCUCAUUUCCAGUUUCAUCCAAGAUGUAAAGAUAUCAAGCUCACUCAUAUUUGUUUUGCUGAUGACUUGAUCUUGUGUAGUAAGGGUGAUUAUCAAUCUAUUCUCCUCUUGUUACAAGCUUUCAAGCUUUUUUCAAACUCAGCUGGUUUAAAGGCUAAUCAGCAGAAGUCUUCUGUGUAUUGUCAUGGUAUGCCAGAGAGUGAAGUUCAAAGAGUAGUUGAUGUUUCUGGUUUCUCCAGAAGUUUUUUGCCUUUCAAGUAUCUGGGUGUUCCCAUUUGUUCUAAAAAGAAUACUGUGGCUCAAUGUGGACAUCUAGUGGAUAAAAUGAUCACUAGGAUUAUGAUCUGGAGCUCAAGGAAUCUAUCUUACACUGCCAGAAUGCAACUAAUCAAUUCUGUUUUGAUUAGCCUGCAUAUGUAUUGGGCUCAGAUAUAUGUCCUUCCCAAAUCUGUGCUGCAGGACAUUGUGAGGAUAUAUAGAGCCUUCCCGUGGAGUGGACAAGCAUUCAGCCAGAAACCAAGUAAUAUAGCUUGGGAUAAGGUUUGUUGUGACAAGCAGCAUGGUGGUUUGGGUUUUAGGGAUGUGGUUCUGUGGAAUAUGGCUUUCAUUGGUAAAUAUGUUUGGGCUCUUGUUAAGAAGCAGGAUAAUAUCUGGAUCAGGUGGAUUACUUCAGUUUACCUCAAAGAUGGGGAAUGGUGGGAUUACCAACCUAGCUCUUCUGCUAGUUGGUAUUGGAGACAAAUAUGUGUUACUAAGGAGAAGCUUAAGCAGUUUUUUACUCUGUCUGACCUGGAGGGCAUGGCUCAUUAUUCAGUGAAGCAAGUUUAUGAGAAAAUGUUGGAUUUGAAACCUAGGGUGCAUUGGGAUAGAUUAGCUUGGAAUAGAUUGCUCACCCCUAAGCACAGAUUCAUCUGUUGGUUAGCUGCUCAAUGUAGGCUACAGACUACAGCUAAAUUAGCUAGAAUUGGGAUUAGUCAAUCUGCUCUAUGCUUGAUUUGUGGGUUGCAGGAUGAAGAUCACAACCAUCUUUUCUUUCAGUGUCAGUUCAGCUAUCAGAUUAUGCAGGCAAUGCAGCAGUGGUUGGGUGUUCCUAUGGCUGGUACCUUGCAUCAGUUGGUAAGAAAGAUUGGUCAUAGCAGAGUUUCUAAGUUCAGAAAACAAGUUAUUUUUGCUGCUAUUGGUACUGCUGUGUACCUGAUUUGGAAGAGCAGGAAUGCAAGCUUCUGGGAUAAUCAAAUCCCCACUAUUAGUCACACUGUGAGCAGCUUGAAGAAAUUGGUUAAGGGCAGAAUUCAAGUAGUUUUGCCAAAAACUGUGAGCAAGAGAGGUUAUGAUUGGUUUAUAACCUUGUAA